AUGAGCUGCGACUGGUGGUCUCUAAGUUACGUGACUACAGCCAAUUGCGAUGAAGAUCAAGAUUCGAUCAAAGAUUCAGUCACAAUCGAGAACAGCCACGGUUCAUUGAAGCAGCGGUCGCAACGCCAGUCGCCUCGCCUCGCCUUAUGGACGACGACUGUGGUCGGUCUCGUCUCUAAAAUUUCGGUCGCUUUCCUGCUGUUCGAGUUUGUUUGCUCAAACAGCUUUGUUCAUGACCUUCCAUUAUCAGUCAAACGGGAGGUGAUUUUUCCGGCCCUUCCGACUCUCUGUCUGUUUGUUAGUCCGGUUGGCCAUCGGCGUUCGAUCAUCUCUACCGAGCCGUCGUCGUUGGCUCUGACGUCAUCUUGUGCACCAGCAGCAGUUCGUCGACGGCCGGCGGAUAUGAAGGACCUUUCGGCCAAACAGAAUCCCCUGCAGCCGACGCUAUACGACUUGCUUGCCGAGGCGGACCUCACUGCCUAUUUCUCGUCACUCAAGAUGCAUCUGAAGGUAAGAAAUGUCCUCGUCGCCCUCGUCAUCGUUUUCAUGGCCGCCGUCGAGGCAGUGCGCCUCUGCGCCGACUCACGCCUCCACUUGCCGCUGAUGCUAAUUUUAGCUAACCGCUUUCAGGUGGAAAACUCUGAACACCUGAAGUUCGUGUCCGACAGCGAUCUGUCUGAGGUCGGCAUGUCAAAGCCUGAGCAACGACGCCUGUUGAAGACCUAUCAGAAGUACUAUCCGGGUUCAUAUUUCGGCCGUCUGAAGCAGGUAAUCAAAUCCUACGAUUUAUCCCGUAUUCGUCAUCGCAGUCGGCGUGAUGUCAUCGUUUGUUUACUUUGUUUUGUUUGGCUGUGUUUUUUUUUUGAUUAUGUAUUAUUUCUUCCUCUUCAAAACGUUGAUCAUAGAACUCUGCCGUAAAA